CUUCUCGCUCCACUCCGCCGUUUCCUUUGAACUUUCUUCUUUUACCUCGCGUUCAGCACUGGUCGCGACCACAGUGUACCUCUCCGGAUCUGGGUCGCUUUUCAGUGCACGAUAUGCACAAUUGAAUCAUCCCAACGGCUCUAAGCGCUUCAACCCUGGCGCACCGCCGAAUUCCACCAGAGUACAGCUAAUAUCACCGAUCAAACCGUCGUGUGUUGGGAACAACAAACCCAUGGACGGGCGGAAGAGGCCCGCGCCGUGGUCUCGAGGUAGUAGUCCUCCGACUCAACGGAGGCGCCAAUCCGAGCAAUCCACUAUAACAGACAGACGAAACAGCAGCCGCGAUGUAUUACCCGGUCAUGACAGAUCCCAGAAUGGCGCGGGUUCAGCAAGUUCUCAGAAGACUAGUACGGACCACAGUCCCAUGCACGUCAUGUCACCAAUGAGCAAUGGCAGUGGAUCCAAUACGCCAGUGCAAGUCGUGCCUACUGUACCCUCCAUGCUGUCCGUGGCACAGAAACAAAUGACAAGCCAGAGUGCACCUAUGGACACAUUGAGCGCCUUGCGAUUACUUAAGUCCUCUUCUGUCACAAAUGCACCACAAACUACGAAUGGUACAGCCACAACGGAGGUUAAAGUACUUAAAGUGCAAUUAAGAGUCGCACAGAUAGAAGAUGCAAAACUUCGAUCUCACGCUAAGCAACUUGAAGAUCAAAUAAAGCAGCUCGAAACCCUUCCUGCCCAGCUGGCAGCGUUGAAAGACCUAGUCGAGCAACGAGAACGCGCAGCGGCAAAAGGGCCGUCGUCCGAUGAGAUUUCACGACGACUUGGUGCCCUUGAGAAUGCAGAGCCAGCGGUCAAGACCGCCCAGUUCACACAACUACAAGCGGAUGUGCAAGCCAUGAAGAUGGACAUCAAGAAACUUGAUCCACUCCCGGAACAGCUCAAGCAACUGCAGUCUACAGCUACGCAGAACGGCAAGGAUAUCGCGGAAGCGCUUGGAAAGAGCAGCAAGCUCAGAACAGACGUAGACGAUCUCGGUACCCUUAAGGAAGAUAUCAAGGCGGUCAAGGAACAACGACUGGCCAUGAGAGGGGACGCAGUCAAGAUAAUGAUUCAGACAGCGAUUCAGCCUGAGAUCAAAAAGAUGGAUGUAUUUUGUACCGAAAACGAAAAGACUCUGAAGGGACUGUCCACGACGGUCGAAGCUAAUCAGAAGAUCUGCGACACUCUCAAUCAGUGCGAUCUACCCGGACAGCUCCAGAGCUUACAGGACAAGAUCAACCAAGUUGAAAGUAAUAAUAACAAGACAUAUGAGAAGGUCACAACUCUCGACAUAAGGGUGACGACUUUCGAGGAAAAUCUGACAAAGCUGCGCAAAGACAGCAAGAAUCUGUAUCAGGAUAUCGAUAAGUACAUUGGGCCGAUCCAGAAAGCUCACCUUAAUACGGACGAAACUGUUCUACAGAGAGUCGGGUAUCUCGAAGAUAAGAUACGGUCGUUACGAAAAGAGCAAGACUAUCUCUCCAGCGAGCAUGACAAAUUAUCGACCAAGUCGGACGAGCAUCCUGUUGACCCCAAAGACUUCAAGGGUCUUCAGGAUAUUGUUUGCAGCCUUUUAAAGGAUAGCGAGAAGCUUGCGCAGGACGUCAAACAAAUGAAGCCUCUUACCGAUCAGCCUCAACAACACACGAGUCAAGACAAGAACGUCCAAGAAGGGCACACGAGCCUCUCCGAAGAGCACGCGAAGCUUAUGGAACGUGUAAGGAAGCUCGAGGCCGCUCCAGCCAGGUCUGCGUCCCCAGCGCCCUCGAUGGGCCACAGCCAACUUAAGAAGGCGGUUGAAGGCCUGGAAAAUCGCGUAUCAGAUCUGGACACAGCAUUCAAGCGAGUUGAAAAAAACCAGCAGGACCAAAAGGUGAUUACCAGUCAAGUCAAGAACUUCCAGAGUGAAUCAUCGAAACUUAGCAAUGCUCAAAGAUCCUUGCAAAACGAGCAUGACACGAUAGUCGAUCAGAUCAAGACGUUCGAGAGCAAACAAGCGAGACUAUCUGAGGAGCAUAAGACGAUCGUCGAACAGCUCAAGGCGUACCAUGGCGAGCAAGAAAGCCUUGCCAAUCAACAAAAGGCGUUCCAGACCGAGCAGACCAAGUCGUCGAAUGAACAGAAGAGAUUCAGCAAAGCUUUGGAGAGCCUCGAUAACCGCGUGACGGCCUCAGAAAAGACUGCCACUCAAGUCAAGCUCCUUGCAAGUGAGCAGGCUAAGUUUCUUAGCGAGCAGAAUAAGGUCAGCGAUCGAGUCACGAAGCUCGAGACGGCUCCAAAGCCAGCCGUAUCUCCAAACCAGACUGUUGGGAACAAUUACGUUGACCUCACUCCUAUCUCGUCCGAAGUGGAAGACGUCCAGCAAAGACUUCGUUCAAUGGAAGAUCGUGUUGGAGGAGCGACCGGGCUAAGCACGAUCAUCGAUGGUCUUCAGGACGAUGUUGAGAGGAUGGAGGCCGAUAUUCACGCCUUCAAGAAUGAUCUUGGUGUGGUGCAGAACAGUUUUACCAACAUAUUCGCGGAGAGUUUCGAUCCAUUCAAAACGUCAGUCGAAGAACAAAUGAAGACGCACAGCCAGAGCUUUAGCCAACAUUCUGAGCUUUUGGGCAAGCUGCAGGAGCAGGUUGCGAAAUCGCAAAUCGAAUGCCCUUCCCAUAAUUUUUCGGCCCCACAGAUGCGAUUGCUCAACAACAUGGUACAGAGCACAACUGAGGUCAGGCAAGACUUGUCUUGUCUGCAGGACUCUGUGAAAACGGAGGUGGAGCAGCGAACUGCAGCUGUCGAGGACAUUAGGCAGCAAGUGGUGUUGAAACAAGACAUUAUAAGCGCAACACAAGCGAUUGAUACCGUGAAGGCUGCGAUACGGAACCUGCAGAGCCAAUACGACAACAUAUCUACGGACGAUCUCCACCAAAAGAUGGUCCAUUGGUUUGUACAACAUUAUCCUUCGACUCCAGCAAACAUGCUUCAGCAGUUUGCUGUUAUACAGCAUGAGGUCGGACAGCUGCGAAACUUCACGGAUCAGAUCAAUCGGAUUCCGAACGGUACACAAGCACUGAACGCACUUGCGCAGAUUAGCCCGCAGCUUACAGCCCUUGUGCAAUCUCCACCAGGGUCUAAAGGCUCACCAGAGUUGCUAGCAAAGACCAGCGAGGCACUGAAGACUAUCAACGACUCAAUGGCUAAAGCGCACAAGCAAAUCGAGAAUCUGACAAGGACAGUCGGCAGCUUGCAAACAUCUAUACACACUCUCAACUCAAACAACACGCCUUUUGUCAGGACAGAAUCACUGGCGGCGUUGGAACAAUCAAUCAGUACGCUGCGAGCUGACGUUGAAGCUGAAUUCAAGAGGGCACUCCAAGCUCGCAAUGAGUUCGUGACUAAGGCUGGCAAGGAGCACGAUUUACGGGUAGAUGUCGAGAAGUCCAUCAGGGCCUCCAUCAAGGAUCUGACAACGAAAGUCCACAAGGAGCGUGAGGAGCGUGUCGAAGCUGAGCAAGACAUUGUGCUCGCUAGCAAUGAUCGAUUCAAAGAGCUUGAGACUGGCAAGAUCAAGACGACCUCCGACCAGGUGGAGAGCCUCCAAGCUGCCUUGGGCAAGAUCUGCACCGAGUUCGAGAAGCUGGUUAAGGAAUUCAACGAUCCUGUCAACAAGGAGCUGCUGAAUCACCUCCCAACUCUCUUCUUACAAACUGGCCAACUGCAAUGGGUCAUUGAGGAUUUGAACCAAAAUCUUCCGAAAGGAGCACUGGAAUUCGAGUGGUCUUGCGAUUUCAAGAACAAGUUCAACAUCCCAGCACCAUAUUCCGAGGAGAGUGGUGAAGCUGCGGGCAAAGGCAAGAGCAAGCAGUGAGCGAGUGCAAGCAAACAUCAUGGGCACACGUAUCCAUCCUUCAUGUACAACACCGCAGCGCUUUCUUGGGACUGUCAUUCUGCACAUACCUCGCGGUACAUACGUCAUCUCCCCGUAUUUUUGCGACAGUUGAAUUCAUGUCGAAAAGUCUAGGCGUUUCUAGCGGAGCAUGGCAUGACUAAUCACGAUACUCGACACGAUGUACAUCCCCUUACACAUUCCUCGAUAAUACUUUCCUAGCAUUUCUAGAUGGGUAGCAGUAGCGAC